UCGAAUAACAAACCAACUACUUCCACUCCACUCUCCAAUACACUCCAAGUAGGAGACCAAUAUUAUAUGAUGUUGGAUGUAGAUAUGAAAUAAUAAGACACAUUCGAAUAUGAUUAAGAUAAGCACCUCAAUCAAUUCCCGUGGCCGUAAUUUCUCCUCAAUAGAAUAAGUAGCGGAGCCGCCGCUGUCUCCAAAAUAUGUUUUCCCUUUCGCUCUUUUUCUCUGUCUUCAACUUUAUCAGCCUAAAUGUGACAUUUAGUUAGCCGCAGCCAACUUACCACGCCACCAAAAAAAAACAAACCGUGAUUCAAUAUUCCCCUACAAACUACCAUAAUUGGUACAUUUAAAGGUCAAUUCAGCCUAAAAACUACAUCAGAACAUAGCUGCUUGCUUUCUAUUAGACAUGGCGGCCUCUGUGUUGAGUGGGGACAACAUGCGCAUGAUGAGACAGAGACUGCUGCGCAAGAAGCCGAUGAACGACGUAGCCGAAGAGGCACCCCUCACCUCAUCCUCCAAAUUCAACAAAUGUCUGACUACUGUGGACUUGGUGUCUCUGGGAGUGGGCAGUUGUGUGGGCACUGGGAUGUAUGUGGUGGCUGGAAUGGUGGCCAGACAGAUGGCAGGUCCAGGAGUCAUUUUCUCAUUCCUCAUUGCAGCCAUAGCCUCACUCCUCUCAGGCAUCUGCUAUGCUGAGUUCGGAGUGCGUGCUCCCAAGACGACUGGCAGUGCCUACAUGUACAGCUACAUCACAGUCGGCGAGUUCUUCGCCUUCGUCAUUGGCUGGAACCUCAUCUUAGAGUACAUGAUAGGCACUGCAGCUGGGGCCAGUGCUCUGAGCAGCUGCUUCGACUCUCUCUCUCACCACGCAAUCAGUAGCUUCAUGCAGAGUCUGGGUGCAGGCACGCAGCAGGGCCGUGGCUUCCCGGACCUGGUGGCGUUUGUGAUUGUGAUUGCGAUGACCAUCCUCCUCGCAGCAGGUGUGAAGUCCUCCAUCUGGUUCAACAACGCCCUCAAUCUAGUCAACUUGGCCGCCUGGGUGUUCGUCGUCAUCUGUGGUCUGUUCUAUGUCGAGCCAGAGAUCUGGAAGGAGGAGGGGGUGCUGCCUUAUGGCGCAUCUGGGGUGUUUGCUGGUGCGGCCACCUGUUUCUAUGCGUUCAUUGGGUUCGACAUCAUAGCCACUACGGGGGAGGAGAGCCGGAACCCCUCCCGGAGUAUCCCCCUGGCCAUAGUCCUCACCCUCGUCAUCUGCUUCGUCGCCUAUGAGAGCUGCUCACUCAUUAUCACUCUCAUGGUGCCCUACCAGGACAUAGACCCGGAGAGUGCCCUCACCACCAGCUUCGUCAUGAGGGGGGCCAAUGCGGCCAAGUACUUCGUGGCAUUCGGGGCCAUCUCCUCCCUCACAGCCUCCCUCCUGGGCAGUCAGUUCCCCAUGGCCAGAAUCAUCUAUGCCAUGUCCCACGACGGUCUCCUAUUCAGUUACUUUGACAGUGUGAGUGGCUUCACUAACACGCCCAUAGUGGCCACUCUGGUAAGUGGACUGUGUGCUGCCCUUCUGGCCCUGCUGCUCCCCCUGCAGGCACUGGUGGAGAUGAUGAGCAUAGGCACCCUCCUCGCAUACACUCUCGUCUCCAUCUCUGUACUCUUGCUCAGAUAUGAGCCGAAGAACAUGUUCCAAGAAGACACAUCCCAGUUAGAACAGCAGAAUGGCAAACUACCCUGUUCCCAGGGCUACGGAGCCCUAACAGGCCAAAAAACCCCACUUGGACAAGAGCAGAACAACUUCGGGGCAGCUGCAGGAUACCACAACAGCGAUUUUCGGGGAUCCCAGGAGCACCUUGUGGAUCCCGGGGGAGACUACGAGAAACAAGGACUGGUGGGUGACUUUGCAGACGAUGGGGGACUCCUGCCGAGGCCUGUGGCCAUGUGUUACGACUCGUUAGCCGCUAUGAUUGAGCCGAAGUGGAUGGUGGCUCGGGUAUAUCUCGGGUUUCCCGACAACACUGCUGUGCCGACAGCCGAGAGCAGUUCCCGGGUGGCUAAUCUGACCAUGUUGAUAUCCGUGGACUUCCUGUUGCUCCAUCUGGUCACUGUCUUUUCCCCCAGCUGGACUUGGUACUUCUCCAUUCUCGCUCUCCUCUUCCUGGCCAUCGGAUUUGGUCUGCUGUUUCUAAUCAUGCGUGAGCCACAGAACAGCACCCGGCUGAGGUUCAUGACCCCCUGGGUGCCCCUGCUUCCAGUCUGUGCAGUGUUCGCUAACAUCUACCUCAUGCUCAAACUAUCCCCCCUCACCUGGGUCAGAUUCGUCGUCUGGAUGGCCAUAG